AGAAACGCAGAAAUCCUUCGAAAGUCGGUUCUUUCUGUGAAAUAUUGGGUCACUUAAAGUUCGCAUCAUUACUGAAGUUUUGGUGUCUUUGAGCGUCUUCUCGCUCUUGCCUUUGUGGUAGGGUGCUCGCUUAUUUUGAUUUUUGAUGGAUAAAGGGAAGGCUGUGACGGCCUUGACAGCAUCGUUGCAAAAGCUCGAUUUGAAUCCCGGAUCCAAUAUCAAGCCCAAGCCCUCCAAUAUCUUCGUCGACCCUCAUUUUUCCGGUACCUUUCUCUCCCACUUCUGGUUUGGAAAAAUGGUUCUUAAUGUAGUCUCCCUACCUAAGAAGACAAAGCCUCCAAGUUUAGUCAGCUUGUGUCUUGGAGUUGUUGGCAGGCAUUUAGAGGAUAUCAUUGCUGAUUUGGAUGAGAUUGCUAUCAACUUGCCAGCUUAUAUAAAGAUGGCGGUGGCUGCUAUUGCUAGGCGAAGGAAGUUGCUCAAUGAUGAUGUUCUCAUAUCAUUAGCUGAUCGUUCCUGGGAAAUCCUUGAUGUCUCUGGCUCAGAUGUCUCUGAUUUUGGCAUAAUAAAAGCAGUUGAUGUAUGCAGGUUUAUUAGAGCUCUGGAUAUCAGUCAGUGCAGCAAAAUUACUGCCAUGGGUGUAUCUGAACUUGUGAAGCACUGCUCUUCACUGGAAACAUUAAGAUGCGGAGGGUGUCCAAGGAGUGACAGCAUUGCCCGUAGAUGCUUAAGUAUAUUUAAACCAAAGCUGAAUUAUUUGGAGGAAGAUUCAUGGGAGGAGCUUGAUACAAAUGAAAUUGCUAGUGGGGCCCAAUCUUUGAGAUGGCUUGUGUGGGGAAACAUUGCACUAUUUUCUAGCGUUGAAGGAAAACAUUACGUGAAAAAUGAGCCAAAUAUCGAUAAUGGUUGCUUGGAAGACUUCUCUGCGGAGUGUCCACGCAUUGUAGUAAAUCCUAAGCAAUGUCCACUAGGGUUUAAUGAUGAUCAUGUUCCUUGGGAAGCAUUACAGCAUAUCACAUUGGAUGACGCAGCUGUCAGAGAUAUUGAUCCCAGAACAUGGGCUGUACAUGGAUUUACUAUGAAGGCGGCCUCUCCAUCUCCGGCAAGUCCCACUGAAUUGUCAGUGGCUGAGAAAUUCAGACUAGCAUUUGUCGAAAGGGACACCCGGUUAGCGCCAAAGCGAGCAAAGAACGCACGACAGCAUCAGCGUCGUGCUGUGAGAGAGUUGAUGUUGAUGAGUACCAGAGCCAAGGCUGCAGUUCUGGCCUCGCAAGUAAGCAAAUCUCUGAACAACAGGAGUUAGUGAUUUACUUGUAUAUUUUUUGUUACCAAAAAACCUGCAUGCAUGUGUACGUAUGUCAAGUUAGCCUGCUGUGCGAAGAAGCUGGAAACAUCUUUACCAAGUCUGAGUAAACCCAGUUUUUAAAUUUUUCUUUGCCUGGAAACUACUACCGGAACUGUUGGUAAUUAAAUAUCUGGUGUAUAAUUUAUUCAAUAGAGAAUUACAAUCAAUUAAAUUAGAUCUUUAUAGUCA